AUGUCUAUCAUUGAAGACACCUCUAUAGACCAAAGUACUUUUGAGUGUGAUGAUCAGUUUCUGAAUUUCCAACCUUUUGAAAAGAUUGGAAAUGGAACUCUUAAUACUCACUUCCUGAUCGAUGUUGUUGGUCAAGUUUCCAGUCUUCGUGACGUCCAAACUGUCCAAGUUGCGGGGAAUGAUAAGAAAAAAGUUGAAUUUCGCUUAAUGGACAUCAAUAUGCCAAAUGAUGAGUUUGCUCUUGCUCUAACGGCUACAAAGAAUGACAAGCGUCCGAUCAAGGAUCUAAUUGAUGAUUGGAAUGAUGUUGGUAUUAUAUCUAUCUCUGAAAUCAUCACAGCAACUCAGGAGGAGGAUUGCAAAAUAAUCUGCUCAAUCGAAUCUAUUGAUACGGAUUGGAGCUGGUUUAUUUUUGGUCAUGUUAGCCGGAAUAGGUGUAACAUGCGUUGCAUGAGAAUCAAAUCGAAGGGUGGUGGUAAUUUGGCUCCAAAUGAGAAACCAAUAUUCUGGUGCACAACAUGUCGUGUUAAUACCACCACCGUAACCCCACAAUUCAAAUUGCAUCUCACUGUCAAGGAUGACACCAGUACUUGCAAACUAAUGCUUCUUGAUUCUGUUGCUAAAGUCAUUGUGGGCUUUGAGGCUAAAGAUAUUUGGGAUGGUUCCUAUGAAGAGAUUGAAGAUCCAGAUAUUUUGCCUCAAGCUAUAACAGAUUUGGUUGGAAAAUCUUUUUGUUUUGGUCUUACUCUUGGUUCUGAAAAUGUUAAAAAUGGAUCAGACAUCUUUUUGGUUUCACAAGUAUGGUCUGGUGAUAAGAUUCUCCAACUCGAGUCCAACUCUGAGCCUAUUACUCAUGUUAGCUCUGGUUCAUCAAUUAUGUCCGGUGGAGAGGUUUCUAUAAGAGAAAAAAACGAAGCAAGUUCAUCAGAAGGUUCUUCAACGCCAUUUUCAAAGCGUAAGGGAAAAGAUCAAGUUGAUCAGACUUCAACUUCCAAAAAAAUGUGCACCAAGCUGGUGAAGAUGGAGAAUAUUAAAGAUGAUGAUCUUAAUGUUUAG